CAGACCCUCUGCUCACCUGAACAGUCCAAUCAUGAGGCGGCGCUCUCCUCUUCUUCCUCUCUCUCUCCUCUUCUUCUUCUCCUUCUUCGUCUCGGUCGGAGCAGAGACGGAGUCAGGGUUCAGGAUCUGUGCGUACAACGUUCAAAAGUUCGACAGCGAGAAAGCUGCAGACUACAGAGUGAUGCACACUUUGAUGAAGAUCGUGGCUCGUUGUGAUAUCUGUCUCCUGCAGGAUGUGAGAGAUCCGAGCGGCUCAGCCAUCAAAACUCUGGUGUCUUCUCUCAGCAGGGGAACUGACAGGUACGAGGAUGAAAAAUUCCAGGCGGUGUCCAGUAAGAGUUUGGGACGCUCUGACGCUGACCAGCAGAAAUACGUCUUCAUCUACAGGACCAAGAAGGUGAGCGUGGUGGACCAGUAUCAGUACCAGAACAAAGACUUUUUUGUCAGAGCGCCGUUUGUGGUUCGAUUCAAAGGCAAAAAAACUGCGAUCAAAGACUUCAUUCUGGUUCCUCUGCACAGCGAACCCAGCAGAGCCGCGCAGGAGAUCGACCGACUAGUCGACGUCUUCGAGGACGUCAGCAAGAAGUGGAACAACACGAAUGUGAUGUUUUUAGGAGACUUCCACGCCGGCUGCGCCUACGUGACCCGACACAGUAAGAAAAGCAUCAGACUGUUCAGCGGGUCAAAGUUCUCCUGGCUGAUCGGAGACAAACUGGACACGACGGUCUCUGAUGAGACCAGCUGUGCAUAUGACAGGAUCGUGGUACAUGGAAAGCCCUUCGUGAAGGCGAUCGUGCCGUACUCUGCAAAAGUCUUCAACGUUGCCAAAGAGUUCAAACUAAUGAAGUCUAAGGUGUUGCAGGUGAGCGAUCACUUACCUGUGGAGGUGAGACUGAAAAGCUCGGCCCCUCUCCUCCAAGCCACGCCCCUCCUGAUCCUGCUCGGCGUCUCUGUGAUCGUCUCAUCCUUCCUGUCCGCUCUGUGAUCGUCGUGUCCUUCCAGUCCGCUCUGUGAUCGUCUGGUCCUUCCUGUCCGCUCUGCGAUCGACUGGUCCUUCCUGUUCACUCUGUGAUCGUCUCAUCCUUCUUGUCCGCUCUGCGAUCGUCUGGUCCUUCUUGUCCGCUCUGCGAUCGUCUGGUCCUUCCUGUCCGCUCUGUGAUCGUCUGGUCCUUCCUGUCUGCUCUGUGAUCGACUGGUCCUU